AUUGCUGGGGUGACCGGUCGCUGGGACGGCUAGAGCUUUCAUUAAAUAAAGUAGCGGUUCCGACAAGUCUGUGAAUGUUUGAUCUCAGCCAGGUGCCAACAUGGCUCGCACUUGCUGCGACCUGCGUCCUACUCUACGUCUACCUCAUGUCCUCGACACACAACACCUUCAGGAAACUUGGCAUCCCCGGCCCCCGCCCCCUGCCGGUGCUGGGAAACACCUUGUACACCUUCAGGCACGGCUUGUUUGACACGGUCAUCAGAGGAUACAGGCACUUCAAGAAACAAAAGUGUUAUGGAGUUUUUGAAGGCCGGACGCCAAUCCUGACGGUCACCGACCUGGACAUGCUACAGGAAAUCAUGGUAAAAAAAUCUGGCCAUUUCAUCAACCGACGUCAGUAUGCCAGUUUGAACCAGCCCCGCGUUGACAGCAUCAUGUUCAACGCUACGGGCGAGCAGUGGAAGCAGUACCGCUCCCUACUGAAGCCGGCUCUCAACCCCGCCCGUCUGAAGGCCGUCUGCCCCAGCACGCUUCACCUGCUGGAGAACGUCUGCAGCGUCUUCAAGGAAAAAUCCUGUAACGGCGAGGACGUCGAGCUGUCGGAAGUUCUGGGCUGUUUUUGUAUGGAUCUCAUCGCUCAGCUGGGUUUCGAUCUCGAAUGCGACUCGCUGAGAAACCCAAACCACGAAUUUGUUCAAAAAGCUCGGCAUAUUCUCAACGAAUUCGGUCCGCGAACUUUUAUUUUUGAGUUUUUCGCGCCGUCAAUUUUAAAGCGUGUCUUAGAUUUUUUUGGAAUACUUAUCCUCCCCAAGAAAGAUAUCCUUUUUCUCCGAGAUUUUACUCGGCGUGUUUUGGAGCUCAGGAAAUCAAGAAAAAACAACCCCGCCGAUUUCUUACAGUACAUGAUUGACAACAGUGAACUCAGCGACACAGCAAAAAGCAGCCGAAAAUUUACUAUAGAAGAAAUGUAUGGCUCGUCCUUGACGUUGAUUUUGGCCGGGUACGACACGUCUGCGAAAGGUUUUUAUCAUGCUUUGUAUUUACUUGCGAUGAACCCGAAAUGCUUCGCGCAUGCGCAGAAGGAAGUGGAUGAAGUUCUUCAAGGCGAGGCUCCCAACACAUCCAACAUCCAAGGACUUCACUACCUGGAUAUGUGCAUCAAGGAAAGCAACCGGCUUUAUCCACUGGGAUAUUUUGUGGAGCGAAGAUGCAACAAGGAGACGACUAUCCACGGAUUACGGAUACCAGCCGGGAUGGUUAUCCGUAUCCCGACCGCCGGGAUCCACCGUGACCCGGAGAUUUACCCCGACCCAGAUACGUACGAGCCUGAGAGAUUUACUCCAGGUCAGACUGGGGCCAGACACCCCAUGGCGUACAUCCCGUUUGGUGCUGGACCGAGGUCAUGCUUUGGUGAGCCGCUGGCACUGAUGGUCAUCAGGAUGGGGAUGGCUAAAAUUCUACAAGAGUUCAACAUCCGGUCAUGUGAUAAAUCCGUGUAUCCAAUCAGAUUGAAGCCCAUGGAUGACAUCAUAGCAGACCACGGGUUUUGGGUGAAUGUCACACCCAGAAAGUUGGACAACCACAAAAGUUGUAAUUGAUAUCAAUCGGCGGGUUGCUGGGGUUGCUCAAGCAAAGCGUCACGCAUGGCAGCUGACGUGGACACGUUCGAUUGGUCACGUCCGUCAUGAAGCAUGAUAGACGAGAAUUUAAAGUUGUUUUAAGUUUUCAUUACAUGACGUCUCCAUCAGCUUAAUCCAAAUCUGUUUCCCCAACACCAGCCGUUAUUUUAUUUGUUGCACGAUCAAGUUGUCAAAAUUCUGCUUGAAGUCAAGACCUCGUUCUAAAUUAUGAAAUCUGG